UAGAUCAUUUUCGAAAAGGGUCCUGAGUCAAAAGUUCUAUUUGGAUGCCCAAGACAUAAUUAUAACCAAUUUCACCAUGAAUAGGAAUAAGCGUGAAAAAGAGUAUUAUAGUAUAGAUGUCGGAGAUUCAACAUUCACAGUUUUGAAGCGUUAUCAAAAUUUGAGACCUAUCGGCUCUGGAGCACAGGGGAUUGUCUGCUCUGCAUAUGACCACAACCUAGAACGGAAUGUUGCGAUUAAGAAGCUGAGCCGACCAUUUCAGAACCAGACACAUGCUAAGCGAGCCUACAGAGAACUGGUGCUUAUGAAGUGUGUCAACCACAAAAAUAUUAUCGGUUUGUUAAAUGUAUUCACACCGCAGAAGACACUUGAAGAAUUUCAGGAUGUUUAUCUUGUGAUGGAGUUGAUGGAUGCAAACCUGUGCCAGGUGAUACAGAUGGAGCUGGACCAUGAAAGACUGUCCUAUUUGCUGUAUCAAAUGCUUUGUGGGAUUAAACACCUACAUGCUGCUGGCAUUAUACACAGGGAUCUGAAGCCCAGCAACAUUGUGGUAAAGUCGGAUUGCACGCUGAAGAUUCUGGACUUCGGCCUGGCGAGAACAGCUGCCACGGGUCUCCUGAUGACCCCGUAUGUGGUGACGCGUUACUACAGAGCUCCUGAGGUUAUCCUAGGCAUGGGUUACCAAGCCAAUGUGGAUAUAUGGGCGGUGGGCUGCAUUAUGGCAGAAAUGGUUCGUCACAAAAUCCUUUUCCCAGGGAGGGAUUAUAUUGACCAGUGGAAUAAAGUGAUUGAGCAGCUGGGGACACCAUCACAGGAUUUCCUUAUGAAGCUCAAUCAGUCAGUGAGGACCUAUGUGGAGAACAGACCUCGAUAUGCUGGCUAUAGCUUUGAGAAACUCUUCCCAGAUGUACUCUUCCCUGCUGACUCAGAACACAACAAACUAAAAGCAAGCCAGGCCAGAGACCUGUUAUCCAAAAUGCUGGUAAUAGAUGCAUCAAAACGCAUUUCGGUGGAUGAGGCUCUUCAGCACCCCUACAUUAAUGUGUGGUAUGAUCCAGCUGAAGUGGAGGCACCACCACCGCUGAUCACAGACAAACAGUUGGAUGAGAGAGAACAUACGGUGGAAGAAUGGAAAGAGCUGAUAUAUAAGGAGGUGCUGGACUGGGAGGAGCGGACAAAAAACGGUGUGAUUCGAGGACAGCCAGCCUCUCUAGGUGCAGCAGUGAAUAGUGGCUCCCAACAUCCCUCCACAUCGUCAUCAUCUGUUAACGAUGUGUCAUCUAUGUCCACUGAACCCACUCUGGCCUCUGACACAGACAGCAGUCUGGAGACCUCUGCUGGACCGCUGGGCUGCUGCAGAUGACU